ACAUGAUGGCCCGAUCACACGGCGACCGCGGCAGUGAUGACGGGUCUGAUGCCGUCCCACCGCCUCACAGAACACAACGAAAGCGCUUCUCGACUGCCCCCCAAGACAUCGAGGCCUCGACAAAGCCAGCAUGACCGAAUGGUUCAAAGAUUCCGGCAACGUCAAAGCCCUCGGAUGGGGCCUCCGUUAUGCCCGCCUCCGAUGUUAUCUACAGUCUUCAACAGUUUGUGUCCAGAUUUGCUGCCCGCGACCGCCACGCGCAAGACCUCCUCGGGUUGCCUCGUGCUAGAGCUGCCGACCUCAACCACCUCAGCUGGUGGCGGAAGGCUAUUGUGAAGCAGUUCGACUUUGACGCUCCCGAUGAAUCUACCAGCGCCAAGCUCAUCACUGAGAAAGCCCUCGGAGCAUGAAGACAACAUCCCCGAGCCACCUGACCCUUGGAGCCCGGCCCGAACCCGUGAGACCGCCCCGAGGUCUGACCUGUUGCCCUCACGAGGAAGCCAACGCGGCUCUGUGCCUCGCCGGAACCCGCCCUCUGAUAACUCUUCGAGCGAUGAAGAUACAACUGCCGAAGCCCUCCGCCGAGCCCGACGAGAUCAGUCCUAUGUCUCCACUGCAGCUGGAAACGACUCUCAGAAGAGGGUCAAGAAGGAAGCCAUCGGCACCUUUGACCCGGAUUACAAGGACCCCCGGAAAACAGGCCUGAUUGUCAACCAAGGCAAGCAAGUCUACACCGAUGUGUAUCUCUUCUGCGAGCACCUUCGAGUCUUUGAGCGCUACGGCGAGGACUCCCUUCAAGACUAUUACGUCUCGAUGCUUGGAGGCGGAGCCCAGGGAUGGUUUAUGGGCGAGCUUAGUGCAGACCAGCGCAACAAGCUCCUCGAUGCCCCUAUCCGCAAGUUCUGCAAGAAGCUUACAGCCCGCUUCAAACGCCCUGACGCCGAGAUCACGGCUGACCUCCAUACCGGAAGAUACACCUUUAGCCUCGUUGACGAAGACAUCAGCCUUACCCAGUGGGUCCAACGCAAGGCAGCGUAUGCCAAGCAGCUGGGCAUCGUGGAGGAUCGACUCAUUAUUCAGGCCAUCUACCCGCAGAUCGACCAUGAGAUCUCCCGUCUUCUCAAUACGCCUAGAUCCAAGGAUAGGCUGUUCGACUUUAUCCGCGAAUGUGAAGACCUUCGACCGAUCAUCACAGAGAUAGCCCGACGACGACGAGGGCGUCGAGAUGACCGUUUUUCCGCCCCCCGACGAGACCGCGACCGCGAUUACAUCGGGGAUCAGAACCGCGAUCGGUACGAAAACCGACCCCGAGACCGCUACGAUAACCGUGACCGCGAUGACCGACGCCGCAACCGCGACGACCGACAAGAUGAUCGCAACCGACCCUUCCGCGAGGACCGCAGAGCCCAAGGCAGCGGCAACGACGAUCGCUACCGUGACAAGCCCCGAGACAACUACCGUGAUCGCGACCGACGGGACGGCAACGCGAAGAAAGUCACCUUCGAGAAGAAAUACCAGGUAGCUGAGGCCGAGCCUGAGCCCGAGCCUGACCGGAGCCCUAUUGCCUCUGAUGCCGACGACGAAGAUGAGGCCUCGCUGUCAGAUUCUUCAGCCUUCUCAGUGAGAUCACAACAGGCUUAC